AUGGCUGGUGAGAUGGAGAGCCUGUUUGGAUUGAGAGCUGGAUCCAGUGGGUGGGCAGGGAUCAGGGAAGGUCUUAGACAGGAUGUGCUGAGAGGUUUGUCGUGUCUAGAGCCGAGCAUAGCUCUCACUCUCCAUCCUAACAGGAUGCUGUAAAGCUGCCACGGAGUGAAGGGGAUCUGAUGACUGCAACAUGAGCAACACUGUUCCACUAACACUGCAUGCAGGCCAGGGAGCCCCACUCCUCUCCCCACUCCUCUCCCCCCUUUUCCCCUGCCGUCUUGCGAACAGUGUGGGCACUGUUUUUGCCUGGAGCUGGGUGGAAGGUGGUGUUACAAUAUGCCUUACAGAGGCUUGUUAUUGUAUGUGACUGACUCGAUGUGUGUGUGUGCAUGUGUGUAUUUCAGAGGAGCUGAAGUGUGCCGGGACCACAUGUCCUGCUCUGCCGGUGCCCUCCUGUCCUGAGGGCUCGGUUCUGACCAAGAGCUACACUCCCCCUGCUGGCUGCUGCCCCACCGUGCCCCCCCAGUGCACCUGUGACCUCCGCGCGUGCCACAAGCCCCAGUGCCCCUCCGGCCAGAAGACUGUGCCACUCAGUCAGGCCACCGGCGAGCCAGGAGACUGCUGUGACUUGUUAGAGUGCCAGAAAGGUAACAUAUAUAAGCAUAGCAAGCCAUGAAUUUGUGUAGGCUACUUAGUUUUUUUGCUGAGAGAAAUGGUGCUGGUGUGAAAUGUAAUGCCUUUGCGGAGGUAAUUAUUUUAAUCAGAACACAAAGUCCCAGUUGACCAAAUGUUCUGUAAUGAAAAGAAGAGUCAGUAAUUAGAUGGUAAUUUGUUGUUUAUCAGUUUUUCCGCCACUGCAGAGUGUGAGGACAGUUGAAAUAUUGAAAUUUUUCUGGGGUGUAGCCACAAAUAAUCUCAACACCACAAGGCAUAUUAAACAUAAUGGAUCUCAUUAUGCAGAUUGUGUGUGUGAAGCGUGCUCACAACUGGUGUUCUCGCCCUCUGUGUGUGUGUAUCUGUGUGUGUGUGUGUGUGUGUGUUUGUGAGAAAGAGAGAGAGAGAGAGAGAGAGAGAGAGAGAGAGAGAGAGAGAGAGAGAGAGAGAGAGAGAGAGAGAGAGAGAGAGAGAGAGAGAGCAGAUGUUGGUAGUUCGGCCAGUUCGGCCAGUUCACUCUCCUUCUACAACAGCACAUUCACAGCAGCUAGCUAAUCAGCCAGCCAGCCAGUCAGGGAUGCAGGGAGUCAGGGAGGGAGGUAGGCAGGGAGGGAGGCAGGGAGAGAGGCAGGGAGUCAGGGAGGGGGGUAGGCAGGGAGUCAGGGAGUCAGCGAGGGAGGUAGGCAGGGAGAGAGGCAGGGAGGCAGGGAGAGAGGCAGGCAGGGAGGGAGAGAGGCAGGGUGGGAGGUAGGGAGAGAGGCAGGGAGAGAGGCAGGGAAAUAGGUAGGGAGAGAUGCAGGGAGAGAGGCAAGGAGGCAGGGAGAGAGGCAGGGAGGGAGAGAGGAAGGGAGGGAGAGAGGCAGGGAGGGAGGUAGGGAGAGAGGCAGGGAGAGAGGCAGGGAAAGAGGUAGGGAGAGAUGCAGGGAGAGAGGCAAGGAGGCAGGGAGAUAGGUAGGGAGAGAGGCAGUGAGGGAGAGAGGCAGGGAGGGAGAGAGGCAGGGAAAGAGGUAGGGAGAGAGGCAAGGAGGCAGGGAGAGAGGCAGGGAGGGAGAGAGGCAGGGAAAGAGGCAGGGAGAGAGGCAGGGAGAGAGGCAGGGAGAGAGGCAGGGAAAGAGGCAGGGAGAGAGGCAGGGAGAGAGGCAGGGAAAGAGGCAGGGAGAGAGGCAGGGAGUCAGGGAGGGUGGCAGAGAGGGGACCUGGACCUGGCUGUUUACUCUGCGCUCCCAGCAAAUAUUAGCUGUUUUACCAACAUAAUAAAUUGUGCAGUGUCAAAGAGUUCCAGCCUGGUCACAUGUCCAAAAGGAAAAGGUUCAACAGUUCAUUGAUGGGAAUACUUUUUAUGUGCUCCAGUCUGCCAGGGGGAGUGUAAUCGAGUCAGGCAGGCCGGCGGGGGCUUAAUGCAGCUGCAGAGGCUAGGGGAUCAGUGUUUUGAUAACAAGUGUCUGCUGCUCUUUGGGUCUGGACUUGACACCCUUUGUGCCUCCUCUACUGGCAGUUAGCCCUGCAUGACUGCGCCCACAUCAAAAAUCACACAGAGAGGAAUUGGGGAUGAAGACAUGGCACCUACCCCACUAGUAUCCCCCAAGACCUCAGAAAAAAACAUCCCACAUGUGUUGGGUGCAGUUGUGAUUUUAGCAUGUAAAUCUGUGUGGGGCAAACUAAUUUCUUUUUUUUAUGCAUGCCAGCAAAGCCACUACACAACAAAACACUAAACAAUUCAUUAAUUGCACUAUAACGGUGACAAACGGUGCCCACAAACUAUUAGGGCCUACAUAAAGCUGUCCCAACAGCAGAGCUUUCUUUUCAGCACCAUGGCGUGAAUCCUAUCCACCACUACACCUGGCUAUUACCAGAGCCUUGUCUGGCAGCGAAACAGUUCAUUCAGCCUAAUUUACUGCCUUUAAAAAAAACAUAGCUGAUAUGGCUGACUUGCUUAAACAAAUGUGGUUUCGACUGACAAUUGAGAUGUACAAACUAUGGCAUAAGGGAAUGAUGAGCGGAUGAGAGGCAAUCCGUAAUUUCGAUUAAGAAAUUAAUGAGCGAGCUAGGACGGAUGUAGUCAAUAUAACUAUUUGUUCAGCACUUUUGAAAUGUACAGUGACAUAAUUCAGAACAUGGGCUAUACUUACAGUAUUCUCCCUGUACACCUAGUCAGAACCGUAGGAUAAAUUAAGGGGGCAUAUAAGCAGACAAUGAAAGCUCUUACAAUAAUCGAUGAUGCCAUUUCUCUAAAACAGGUUAUAGGCUACAUGUACACCACCAAGUCAGAACAGUAGGCUAAGUUAUGAGGGGAAAACGGACCAAAUUAUUAGGGUGAGGCACAUGGGCUACUAACAGCUUACUAUACAACAUACAGUCGUGGUCAAAAGUUUUGAGAAUGACACAAGUAUUGGUCUUCACAAAGUUCGCUGCUUCAGUGUUAUUCAGUAUAUUUUUGUCAGAUGUUACUAUGGUAUACUGAAGUAUAAUUACAAGCAUUCCAUAAGUGUCAAAGGCUUUUAUUGACAAUUACAUUAAGUUUAUGCAAAGAGUCAAUAUUUGCAGUGUUGACCCUUCUUUUUCAAGACCUCUGCAAUCCGCCGUGGCAUGCUGUCAAUUAACUUCUGGGCCACAUCCUGACUGAUGGCAGCCCAUUCUUGCAUAAUCAAUGCUUGGAGUUUGUCAGAAUUUGUGGGGUUUUGUUUGUCCACCCGCCUCUUGAGGAUCGACCACAAGUUCUCAAUGGGAUUAAGGUCUGGGGAGUUUCCUGGCCAUGGACCCAAAAUGUUGAUGUUUUGUUCCCUGAGCCACUUAGUUAUCACUUUUGCCUUAUGGCAAGGUGCUCCAUCAUGCUGGAAAAGGCAUUGGUCGUCACCAAACUGUUCUUGGAUGGUUGGGAGAAGUUGCUCUCGGAGGAUGUGUUGGUACCAUUCUUUAUUCAUGGCUGUGUUCUUAGGCAAAAUUGUGAGUGAGCCCACUCCCUUGGCUGAGAAGCAACCCCACAUAUGAAGGGUCUCAGGAUGCUUUACUUUUGGCAUGACACAGGACUGAUGGUAGCGCUCACCUUGUCUUCUCCGGACAAGGUGUUUUCCGGAUGACCCAAACAAUCGGAAAGGGGAUUCAUCAGAGAAAAUGACUUUACCCCAGUCCUCAGCAGUCCAAUCCCUGUACCUUUUCCAGAAUAUCAGUCUGUCCCAGAUGUUUUUCCUGAAGAGAAGUGGCUUCUUUGCUGCCCUUCUUGACACCAGGCCAUCCUCCAAAAGUCUUCGCCUCAAUGUGCGUGCAGAUGCACUCACACCUGCCUGCUGCCAUUCCUGAGCAAGCUCUGCACUGGUGGUGCCCCGAUCCCGCAGCUGAAUCAACUUUAGGAGACGGUCUGGCGCUUGCUGGACUUUCUUGGGCGCCCUGACGCCUUCUUCACAACAAUUGAACCUCUCUCCUUGAAGUUCUUGAUGAUCAGAUAAAUGGUUGAUUUAGGUGCAAUCUUACUAGCAGCAAUAUCCUUGCCUGUGAAGCCCUUUUCGUGCAAAGCAAUGAUGACGGCACGUGUUUCCUUGCAGGUAACCUUGGUUAACAGAGGAAGAACAAUGAUUUCAAGCACCACCCUCCUUUUAAAGCUUCCAGUCUGUUAUUCUAACUCAAUCAGUGGACAGUGUGAUCACCUUAGACCUCCUGAGUGGCGCAGUGGUCUAAGGCACUGCAUCGCAGCGCUAACUGUGCCACUAGAGAUCCUGGUUCGAAUCCAGGCUCUGUUGCAGCCGGCCGCGACCGGGAGACUCAUGGGCGGCGCACAAUUGGCCCAGCGUUGUCCAGGCUAGGGGAGGGAAUGGCCGGCAGGGAUGUAGCUCAGUUGAUAGAGCAUGGCGUUUGCAAUGCCAGGGUUGUGGGUUCGAUUCCCACGGGGGGCCAGUAUAAAAAAAUAUGUAUUCACUAACUGUAAGUCGCUCUGGAUAAGAGCGUCUGCUAAAUGACUAAAAUGUAAAUGUUAACGAGAGAAUCACUGACAUGAUGGCAGCUGGUCCUUUUGUGGCAGGGCUGAAAUGCAGUGGAAAUGUUUUGGGGGGAUUAAGUUCAUUUCAUGGCAAAGAGGGACUUUGCAAUUAAUUGCAAUUCAUCUGAUCACUCUUCAUGACAUUCUGGAUUAUAUGCAAAUUGCCAUCAUCAAAACUGAAGCAGCAGACUUUGUGAAAAUUUGUAUUUGUGUCAUUCUCAAAACUUUUGACCACGACUGUACACUUAGUAUUACUUUCUUAGCUACAGUAUACAUAUCUCCCUGGCAUAUUGCUGUCACGAGUGUCAGUGUAAUGUGGUGGAUCGAAGUCAGGCACAGGACACAGAACUCUAUGAAAUGUACUUUACUGAAUAAGUAAAGAAAUCAAUACAAAAUACCUCCACACAGGGAGGAACAAACCCGCUCACCAACAACACACGAAACGAAAAACAAACACGCACAAAACACAAUGGGAGCCACCGGGUUAAAUAGGGAAGGAGUAAUCACAUAAUGGGAAACAGGUGUGUAACAAUCAGACAACAGGUAGAACAUAGAAACAUAGAACAUAGAUCGGCAGUAGCUAGUAUUCCGGUGACGACGAACGCCGAAGCCUGCCCGAGCAAGGAGGAGGGGCAGCCUCAGCAGAAUCCGUGACAAUUGCAUCAUUUAUGCAGCAGCAUACAAUACAUUUUUGGACUCACCUUGUUUUGCUGUGCUUACUUGAACAGGACGGUGGUGCGGCGGUCUUUCUUGUGGGUUCCGAGUUGGAUGACCAUUCAACACGUAUUUUCCCAGUCGGAGCUCAUUGAUUUCCGGGUUCCCAGUUGUCUUGAACUCACUGAAGUCUGAGAUUUCCCAGUUCUGAGUUUCCAGCUGUUUUGAAUGUGGCAGAAGUCAUGCUGGAUUGACAGCAUGGCCAAUGUAUUCAACCUUUUUUGGCCCAUGGUGUUGCAUGUGAAUGUUUAUCCUUUUAAGCUUGGAAAAGAGACCCUUAAACCCAGACAUGGACCACCCCCCCAAUGACUAUAAUUUAUCUUCAUAUGACAAUGAUUGAAAAGGAUUUGCCAGUAGAUUGUCGACUAGAUUCAUGAUGAUGAUUGCUUGUCUAGCGUGCUAGCUAAGAAUUUGGAAGUAUGAUGUACGGUGGAUAUAACGUGAUUUGACGUCAUUUUACCUGUGGCCAAUGACCUUGAGCCUUCUUGGAUGGGCACUUCUAAUGUAAAUCUAUGGCAGCACCCAAGGGGCUUGAAUCUUUUAGCUCUACCCAGUCGAUUUUGCGGUGACAUAGUGUCCCCAUGAGUGACAGAACACGACGCAACUAGAGAACAUUACCAACCCCUACGCUCUGUAUUUUCCGCUGGCUGCCCCACCACCACAGAAAGCACUGAGCUAUGCUGAAACACCUUUAUUUUGGAGCUGUCUUACUCAAGAUAGCAAAAAAGAGACCAAGUUUGUAUGCGGGUUUAUUAACUCAAUGAUUUUUUUUUAUACAUUGUUUGCGAACUGAUAUGUGACACAAAUUAUUGCCAAAAUAAGAUACAAAACAAUUAUUUUAAUUUGUAUUUAUUUUUGUUAAACAGGUGGGGCUCAAAAUGAAUGACGGGUCGCUACUGGUUGGGUCACUCACAAACACUAAAGCCCAUCCACAAAACACAUUAAAUUAUUGUCAGGUUCAUUAAUCACAAAGUUUGAGAUUCCUAUAAUAUUUUGCAAUGGAACACAUAAUAGUACCCAACUUUCAGUGACCUAAGGCAUUGAACACAUGUUUUUACAGACCAGAGGUUGGCUUUUGGUGGGUAUUUGGUCACGUCAGUGGACAGAGUACUAUGCCAAUGGGUCUGACAUGUGUGUUUUGGCCAUGUUUGAUGAGACGUUUCCAGCUCUGGCUGAAGAAUGGGUCUGGGUGGCUGGGUAGGAGCUGGCAUGGCCUUCCUGACCUGAUGUCAUCUGAUAUUACAGAUGGUCCCAAAUGACCACGUUAACAGCAGCCUACUGUUUAUCAACCCGUUGACGAGCAAACAGUAUGGACUUCAUCGCAUGUAGCAUGGAUUUAGGUUUAACCACAACUUGAUGUAGACUAGUAUGGUACUUGCUUUCCAAGAACAUUAAAGCUGUAAACUUGAAUCAAGCUCUACAACUGCACGAAGUGUCUGGCAAUUUUAAUCAAGAAUGCAUGGUAGAAGUCUUGAUGUGCAUUAUAUGGGAGGAAAUUGGAUUCACCAGAAUUAAUAUGCUGUGACAUUUCUGCUCCACUGAGAACAAUCCCUCAGAUUUUUGGUUUAUCAUUUCGGUUUCAAAUGUUUGUUUGCUGGGAGAGACAGUCACACCAUGUCGGUUGUAAUUCAUGUUUUAGGAUGGGCCAAGGUCAGGGUUUCAUACAGGAGCACAACUUUGAUUGGAGAAGUGGGGGGGACAUAAUAUUAUUAUAUAUUAUUUUUUUAUCCUUUCGGAUAAACACUCCAAACAGCCUACCCGACGCUCGGAGGCGUCCACAUGGUCCUAAAACACACCGUUGCCUCGUUUUGUAUCACAUUCCAAUGAUACAACUGGGGGGGGACAAAAAUGCAAUUUCAGAAUGUGGGGGACUGGGAGUCAGUAAGCAUGAAUGGAAUUUAGUGUCCCUGCCGCAAGUUUGUUUUAGGGAUUACCAUUAACAAAUACUGUGGAAAUCACGUGAACAUCCUGUCAUGUGACUUCCUAUUUUUUCCAGAGCAUUACAAAUGUUGCCAUGCAUUUCGAUUUCUGCCUGGCAAAGUGGUUAUUGCAUUUUAUCUCCUAGGUUAUGCUGCACGCAAUGCAGGCAGGCAUAGAGAGAGAGAGAGAGAGAGAGAGAGAGAGAGAGAGAGAGAGAGAGAGAGAGAGAGAGAGAGAGAGAGAGAGAGAGAGAGAGAGAGAGAGAGAAAUAGAAUGAAAGAAAGAAAGUUAAUGUGGUCUUUCAAGACCCUGAGUCAUUGGCAUAGCCAGUGAAAGUGUCAAAGACAAAUGGCUGUGGUAAUCACUGAGUUAUUUUGUCAACAUCCCCUCUUGUUUAUUUGGCAAUAAUACAGAAUCAAUUUUAAUGAAAUUAUGGAACUUUAAAUGAUGGAACUUUAAUAAACAAAAUACUAAAUAGAGAAUGGGCUUUUCCUUCACCAAUCUCUCUCUCUCACACACACACACACACACACACACACACACAUACACUCUCCCGGAGUGUUCCAGGAGCAUCGCGUGCAGUGAGCGGACGGUAGUGUCUGCGAGGCGGCUGCUCGGGGCUUGUUAUGGGUCUCUAUUGAUCCAUACAGUAGUCAUUGUUCUAUGGGCUGGCGCUCGGAGACAGACAGCUGAGGUUUCCGGUACUUACCCUGGCUUUACUGUAUCUGUCUGCUGUCUGCAUCCCAGCUCUCCAGACCACACUGUACCAGCCCAGUCUGCUGCUGUUUUCUUUUACCCAGCGCUGGGAUGAGCUGAGCUGAGCUACCCUGCGAGCGCUGCCUCCAGCAAGACUUUACAGAUCUCUGCUAAAUUCCACCUAAUGGAGCUGGCUUUAUUGUCUAAUGCUGUUGGAGCACAGUGCCCAGGGCUCUCGGCCCAAGCGCCUAGCUCCGCACGACUUUACCACAACACACUACUCUUCCAUCCACAGCUAGCUACACUGUAAUUAUUGCACGGAUACAGAAGCAACAAACUCAUUCUGUCCCGGCCAUAAGACUCCUGAACAGCUAAUCAUGGCUACCCAGACUAUUUGCAUUGUCCCCCCCACCCCACCCCCUCUUUUACGCUGCUGCUACUAUUAUCUAUGCAUAGUCACUUUAACUCUACCCACAUGUACAUAUUACCUAAAUUACCUCGACUAACCAGUGCCCCCUCACAUUGACUCUGUACUGGUACCCCCUGUAUAUAGCCUCCCUACUGUUAUUUUAUUUUACUGCUGCUCUUUAAUUAUUUUCUAUUUUUAACUUAUCAAUUUUUUACUUAACACUUUUUUUCUUAAAACUGCAUUGUUGGUUAAGGGCUUGUAAGUAAGCAUUUCACUGUAAGGUCUACACCUGUUGUAUUCGGCGCAUGUGGCAAAUACAAUUUGAUUUGAUUUGAUUUGUAUUUAAUACAUACCAAAUUUGAUGGUUUAGCAUGUUCAUUUAUCAGCCGUGAGUGUAUGUUAGCCAUCAAGAGUCCUACAUGUCAUUCAGGUUGACAGCAUAUGUGUCCUCAUCCACUUUUCCCAGUUUCUCCCAAGUGUAUCCACAACGGGAAGGAGUUUUCCCAGGAGGAGGUGUACCGUAUGGACCCGUGCUGGCUCUGCCAGUGUCGAGGAGGGAUAUCCUUCUGCUCCAAAGCAGAAUGUGCGGAACUCGACUGUGAGAACUUCUACAUCCCGGAGGGAGAAUGCUGCCCCGUAUGCAUAGGUACACACAUCAUUUUAAAGUUAAAUAACAGUAUUUAUUACAGAUAUAGAUGUUUUAUAGUAAGUGAGGUUUUGUAUGACAUGACCAGAUUUGUGGAGGUGAGCUGGCACAGUCAGGGAGGCUGUUUGUGAUUAGUGUUGAGUGUGCCCAGACAGACAGGGAGGCAGACGUAUGGAGCAGAUAAGGCUUUGGUACACUCCCCCAGGGCACCCAACACGCCAUACAAUGGCCUUACCUUAAUGGCUUCCAUUUAACAUCCAGCUGGACUCAACAGUCAUUAACAUGCUUCACAUACAAGGACUGGUCAAAAUAAUUAGCAAUGGGUAGGAAGUCAGGAACAUAAACCUCCUUUGAGUGACUGCUUUGGCUUCAUUAUAUCUGGUUGGCUUAAUGGGUAGAGACCUGUUUGUACCUGACCUCCUCACUAAAACACAUGCCCUCAGAGGUAGGUAAAAACACUGGUACCUGCGGUUGGAGCUGUUGAAAGGCUUGGGUUUGGGCAGCGCAUUUGGACAACAAAUUAUGGUCUCGUGAAGUACACUGAACAAAACUAUGAACGCAACAUGUAACAAUUUCACAGAUUGUACUGUGUUACAGUUCAUAUAACGAAAUCAGUCAAUUUAAAUAAAUUCAUUAGGCCCUAAUCUAUGGAUUUCACAUGACUGGGAACCCAGAUAUGCAUAUUUUGGUCACAGAUACCUUUUAAAAAAGUAUGGGCGUGGAUCAGAAAACCAGUCAGUAUCUGGUGUGACCACCAUUUGCCUCAUGCAGCGUGACACAUCUCCUUCGCAUAGAGUUGAUCAGGCUGUUGAUUGUGGCCUGUGGAAUGUUGUCCCACUCCUCUUCAAUGGCUGUGCGAAGUUGCUGGAUAUUGGCGGGAACUGAAACAUACUGUUGUACACGUCAAUCCAGAGCAUUUUCAGCUUCCAGGAAUUGUGUACAGAUCCUUGCGACAUGUGGCUGUGCAUUAUCAUGCUGAAACAUGAGGUGAUGUCAGCGGAUGAAUGGCACGACAAUGGGCCUCAGGAUCUCGUCACGGUAUCUCUGUGCGUUCAAAUUGCCAUGGAUAAAAUGCACUUGUGUUCGUUGUCCGUAGCUUAUGCCUGCCCAUACCAUAACCCCACCGCCACCAUGGGGCACUCUGUUCACAACGUUGACAUCAGCAAACUGCUCGCCCACACAACACCAUACACGCUGUCUGACAUCUGCCCGGUACAGUGGAAAUCGGGAUUCAUCCAUGAAGAGCACACUUCUCCAGCGUGCCAGUGGCCAUCGAAGGUAAGCAUUUGCCCACUGAAGUCGGUUACAACGUCUAACUGCAGUCAGGUCAAGACCCUGGUGAGGACGACGAGCAUGAAAAUGAGCUUCCCUGAGACGAUUUCUGACCUUCUGUGUUGAAUUUCUUCAGUUGUGAAAACCCACAGUUUCAUCAGCUGUCUCAGACGAUCCCGCAGGUGAAGAAGUUGGAUGUGGAGAUCCUGGGCUGGGGGUGUUACACGUGGUCUGUGGUUGUGAGGCCGGUUGGAUGUACUGCCAAAUUCUUGAAAAACGAUGUUGGAGACAGCUUUUGUGUCACAAGUGUAGAGAGGAGUAGGCAGGAGGCAGUCGCAGGUUUAGAACUACUGAAUUUAUUAAAGCACCAUAGCUUAAAGCGGGACGAAACCAACAGUGCAAAAUAUAAAGUACUCAGGAAAUAGUAGGAAAGAUUCCUCUCAGGAAAACAAGCAACAUAUACAAUGACCGACAAAGACAAAUGACAGAGGGAGUAUAUAUACAGUGAUAGAGUGGGGAUUGGAACCAGGUGUGUGUAAUGAUGACGAGACAAGUCCGGGGUUGAUGAGUGAAGGGUGUUUGCCAGCAGCAGGUUCGGCAGCAGCUAGAACGCCGGCGACGCCGAACGCCUGAGCUGGACAGGAGGGGGAGCCAAAGCGAAGGCUGGUGUGACAUAAAAUUCUCUGGCAACAGCUCUGGUGGACAUUCCUGCAGUCAGCAUGCCAAUUGUACACUCCGUCAAAACCUGAGACAUCUGUGGCAUUGUGUUGUGUGACAAAACACAUUUUAGAGUGGCCUUUUAUUGUCCGCAGCACAAGGUGCACCUGUUUAACGAUCAUGUUGUUUAAUCAGCUUCUUGAUGUGCCACACCUGUCAGGUGGAUAGAUUAUCUUGGCAAAGGAUAAAUGCUUACUAACAGGGCUUUAAACAAAUGUAACAUUUUAGAGAAAUAAGCUUUUUCUGCGUAUGGAACAUUUCUGGAAUCUUUUAUUUCAGCUCAUGAAACAUGGGACCAACACUUUACAUGGUGCGUUUAUGUUUUUGUUCAGUGUAUAAUGGUGAUGGUGGUUGCCAGAUUUGUCUGCCUGUGUUUUGUAAUUGAUCAGACACAUGAGAGGGAGGGAGACUGAGGGAGGUUAUUGUAGGUCAGUGUCAGAGGUACACCUGGAAUGUUCAGCCCCUGAGAUGGUGGGGAAUGCUUUCAUCUUGUGCCCCUGCUUGGCCAUAGAAAGCUCCAGUCAUUGAGGAGUCUAUUGUCAGGGUUAUUGUGGUAAGCUGUGUGCGGCACCUGGUUCAUGGUCAUUAUUAAGAGGAACCUGCGGUACUGUACCUGAUAGCUGUCUCAUUUACAAGGCAAAGCUGCAUAGCUGUUCUAAUCCUUUUCGUAGGCUGGUCAAGUCACCUAAAACCCUAAAAGUGCUUGAAUGUGAGUGCAAUACAAUGUGUAUUUUUAGGCUCGCUAUUGAUAGUGUGAAAGAUGGGUAGAAAGAGAAAGAAAGGGAUAGAUUGAGAGGAAAGCAGAACUGCUUCAUAUUCGUGGUAAUCAUACCCAGAUGGAGGAAUGACAGCAGCCAAAUCUCUGCUGGAAUCAAAUCUGGCAAAUAGGACUUCGUCCUUAGGGAUACCCCCCUUCUUCACCACACACACACACGCACGCACGCAUGCACGCACACACACACACACACACACACACACACAUACACACACACACACACAUACACACACACACACACACACACGUGUUCAGUACACUACCCUCAGACCACCUAACCAAUUCCACCUCACACUGCUGCUGUUGUAAUGGCUUGCCUCUGUUACCAAUAAACAGUUGAACAAAAAACAAUUAUGGUCAUUUAUGGUAAAUUCUUAAGUCAUCAGAACAGGUUCCCAGAAUUCUAAGUCAUACAUCAGCUCAAACAGAGCACAAUGUGUUUUCUGGGUUGCCUCUUAAACAGAAGGCUUUAUUAUGUUGCUGUUCCUAGACUUCAAACAAAUGGGUAAAACCACAUGUUAUGCAUGUAUCGCUCUUAAAUGGGAUUUCUUGCUUUGGAGUGAAAUUUUAGACGGUGAACCUUGAACUGGUCUUUGGCCUUCGGGGGCACCGCUGAAACUGGAUCUGUGUGACAUGCACAUGGCUGAGGUUAACUCCUCUUAAGGGGAAUGACUGGACACUGCAGAGACAGGAAAUUAGAUAUGUCUGUCUUGCUUUUAAUUAACUAAUCUUGCUCCAAUAUGACAUGCUCUGAUCCCAUGCUCGUCCAUCUAGCUCUAAUUACGUACAUUAUACAUUAGACGUACACUAUAUGUACAUUAGAUCCCUGUACAGUUUCUUUACAUCAUCUCUGACUCCUUGAGGAGCUUUGGAGUGUUCUUCCACCGGUCUUGGUGGUUGGCCAGUUUCUCCUGGUCCCUCCAGCAAUAUCCUGCUUCCCUCACCUCUGAUUCCACCAUGUCCUUUGUUAACUCAAUUACGUGGAUAUGUACAUACACUGAGUAUACAAAACAUUAAGAACACGUGCUCUUUCCAUGACAUAGACUGACCAGGUGAAUCCAGGGUGUUCCUAAUGUUUGGUACACUCAGUGUAUAUAUGUGUUGUGUGAAUGUACAUGUGUGUAAUUCCACUGUAGUUGAUGAUGACAAUGACAUUGAUGAUGAUUUUGUUAAAUCUGUUUGGAAGUAGAGUGUGUGUGUCAUACAGCAUAUGUACCACACAGCAUUUACAAGUAAGGAUGGUAUACCAAACAGCACAGUAUAGGUCCCACACUUCUCUCCUUCUUAUCCCAGCCUCUAUCUGUCUCCCUCUCUGUGUAUCCAGAUGUGGAGCUCCUGUCCAUGGACAGUACGGAGGCCAGCUGCUGGCUGAACAACAAACUGCGUGGCCACGAGGAGCAGUGGAAGGAGGAUGACUGCACCUUCUGUCAGUGUGUGGAUGGAGAGCAUCACUGUACCGCCAUGGCCUGCAAACAGAGCUGCCAGAACCCCGUCAAGAUCCCGGGAGAAUGCUGCCCCUUCUGCGAGGGUAUGGAGCGAGAGCGAGACACACACACACAGUCACACGCACACACACGCAUACACACACAGUCACACGCACACACACGCACACACACACACACACACCUGCUUCAUAAAUGUAUGUUCAUACUGUACCUAAUCACAUACAGUAUUGAAGUAGUUGGAGAUUUAAGUUUGAAAAUAGCAUGUUCUAGACAUAGCCCACAUUGUCAUAAGUAACCAAUGUCCUCAUAAGGAAAUAUCUCAUGUCGCACUUCUUCAGAAGCCUAAUAUUGCAUGUGCAAGCAAUUGACAUACCAUAUGUUUUAAUUGAAGAUUUAAUGUUCCUUUCAUCUAGCCUAAUAGGGCAGUAAAGACUGUAACAUACUGUAUACUCAGUUAUUAAUCUAAUAACAUUUUUGAAGCACAGCAACUUCAAUGUUUCUGAUGUUUAAGGGUCAGGGGCACCAUAAAUUGUAUCUGUCAUUCCAUUGAGCUCUUCAUAUAGCUAACAUAGUGUAUCUGUCAAAACUGCUGUCAUAAACAACUUACAACUCGCCAGCUUAUUGUCAGGAAAACACCCCCAUUAAUGCAACCCCCUCAAAUGUCAAUGUAGCUAUAUCAGAUGUACAACAAAUCAAUUUACAGUACAUUCGCCAAUUGACAUCUUCAUCUGUAAAUGGAACAAUUCCUACUUCGUUGGACCAAGCUACAAAAACACUUACGUUUGACAAUACAGUCGCUUUGAGCUCAGAACCUGACUGGUGGAACCGAACUGUAGAGUAGUCUCUCUCCCUGCAGUUAUGUGGAGGCCAUGUUGGCGGCUCAUUAAAGAAGAGGCCAUGGAGCAUUCUUCAGCUGCAGGCUCCUUUGUGAUUUUUUUAUUGGUCCAGCCCGUAAAAUGAGACCCACCUGCAUGAGGUGCAGCUUAGACUGAGAGCUUAGUGCUGCUUAAUUGGAGUGGAUCACUGUUUUUUUGUGAGCGUAAUUAGUUACAGCUUGUUUGGUGCUCCUCCCACUGAACGUGGCAAGAUAAUGGGGGGGGCGCUCCCACCCAGACCCCCACCCAGACCCCCACUUAACUUCUCCUGGUUGUGGCUUUUACAUGUGUGACCCAGGCCAGCAGAACACCUCAUCGCUGACAGGCUCCAGUGAGGAUGAGGCCCUGCCCAGGGCCAUAAGCCCUCUGGGUCUGUCCAGUGCCCACCUCUGACUCACCAGACUCCCACACAGGGGAUUCUCUGUUAGGGAGGAGAACCAAGGCAAGGCGUGCUCCUGCACUCCUCCAGGUCAUUUAGACAACAUGUGAGGUGCUCAUUCAUCAAAGCCCUUUGAUAGAGAGCACCUACAGUAUCUGCUGUAAUGGGCCUGCGUUUAUCUCUAAUCACAGCACUCUCUGAUGGGAGCAACGUGAACACUGAACCAUAUCUGUUGGCAUGGAUAUGGAUGUGUAACAUUACGUGUGUCUCAAUGUACGGUUCUUUACUCUUUACUCUCAUAAAAGCCUCAUUUGAGAAUAGUAUGACAUGUCUGUUAGUGUUAUAGGCUUCAUAGAGUCAAGUAUAGUAUGGCAUGUCAUAGAGAGCUAUAGCAGCAUCAUAUGAAGGUUAUAACCUGCUGUUCUGUCCUACAGAGCCUUCGUAUGAGACAGUGAGCCCCAUGCUGUGUCCUCGUCUGGAGAACUGCUCUCGAUCAGGGAAGGACUGCCCCUACGGCUUCCAGCAGGACAACAAUGGCUGCCUGCUCUGCCAGUGCCUCAACCGUGAGUCUCAUACUGGAUGCAGAGGGUUAAACCCGGAUACACAAACACACACAUACCGUAAACACACACAUACUGUAACUUGCUCGAAAUGACGAUUCCCUGGCACGUUAUCUCCAUAACACAAACAUAAGCACACACACUAAGAAAUAUAUGUGGCACCUCAUUUGUUUCCAUGGCUAUGUAGUAUUUGCCGUUUUAAAUCGAAGGAAUUCUCGAAUGAAAAACCCUAUUGCAAACUAACAUGGUGUUGAUGGUAAGAUGACCUCCAUGUGAACUGUUUCAGAUGACACCUGCCCUGACCUGGGGACAUACUGCUCCCUGCAAUGCCCCAUGGGAUACGAGAAGGAUAACUUUGGCUGCGAGGUGUGUGAGUGCAGCUCUCCAAUGCCCAAGUGCCGACCCCUGACCUGCAGCAAGACCUGCCCCUACGGAUAUGUGUAAGUCUUCUGAAUGGUUUCCACAUCUUCAAGUUAAACACCUCUCAUUAUUCACCCCUUAGUUUCCACACUGAUCAAAGGCUGUUACAGCCCCAUUGGUUACGACUGAAGGCCAAAGCCUGAAGUAAUGGUGAUUAUCUGGUUUAUUAUUGACAUGGGCCCUGACAUACAAUCCGCCCUCUCGUUAGCUGGAAAAACACAAUAUUUUUCUACUAUGUAGUUAUAAAAAGGCCUCCUCCGCUCAUUGUUUGUAUUGUUCAGUCAUAUAUUUUGUAAUGAUGUAGACUUCAACUGUGUAAACUCUUUUAUUUUGAUUUAGGUUAUUUGACAAGUGCACUACUACUCACACUGUGAAAUAUUUGGUUCUGGCAAUGGAACACAAGCGCUGUGUCUUGGCUGACAGUACAUUUUACAUUUUAGUAAUUUAGCAGACGCUCUUAUCCAGAGCGACUUACAGUUAGUGAGUGCAUACAUUUUCAUACUGGUCCCCCGUGGGAAACGAACCCACAACCCUGGCGUUGCAAGCGCCAUGCUCUACCAACUGAGCUACAGGGGACUAUCAGAUUCUCAGACUAUCAGACUCUGAAUAAAACAUGACUGUAGAUCAGCGUGUACAGACAACAUCAUCAUACUCCAGGUGGAGUAGUUGGCAGGGUGCAGUGCCAGGUCUCACUGGGCAGAGAGGAAGUAUAUUGUUACACACCUGCCAGCCUCACCCUCGCCCCACCUGCUCAGAUCUAAAGGGCCAAUCAGGGCCAAUCGGGGCCAAUCAGGGCCAAUCGGGGCCAAUCAGGGGCCAAUCAGGGCCCUAAUUUGUGUCUCUGUCCUGACUAGUGCAGUGUCCGGUGCACAGGCCCCUCUACCCCUCCCCCUCCUCCCCCUGCACCCCUUCUCCUAAUGCCCCUAACUAAUUUAAACGUCUGGAAGUGCUCUACUCUCCCCAGCAGCACUUUCAUUUCAUAAAUCAUCUUUCCGUCUCAAAACAACGAUCAAAAACACAUCCGCACUAAUGCGGCCUUUAUGAAGUUUAUACAGUGGGAAUCUUCUGGUAUCUGAACCAUGCUCUCUGGAGCCUCCACUCAAGAUGGGCAUGAUAUGUCUGCACAGGAUGCCAGCAGAGUCCCCCCGAGGGGGAAGAGGAGAAGGAAGCAUUCAUAAGCACCAGUUCAGGGCUGGCCUAAGAAGUCUGAAUCCUCGAUGAACCAAGCAAUGCAUCAAUCUUCUAGCAGAGUGGUACCAUUGUAUACAUUGGCUGCAUUUAUAACCUCUACAGAGAACUCGACUAUAUAAUUUGUGGCGUAGCGACUUAAACACGAUUAAUAUAAACCUCAUACAUUUCCUUGCUAUGUAUGAACAGUCCAGUUCUCUUAUCUCAAUAGUGUAGAGGGGGAAAUCAUGUGAGCAGUGAGCAGUGGGCUGUCAGAGUGGGUCAGAGCCCUAAAGGUGUGUUUACAUUGACAUUUGGCACAGUUGAGCGCCUCGGGCAGGACACAAAGGGGGACUUAAAGCGUUUCCCCUCCUCAAUGGGUCUAAAUCAUCAUUGGACCUGACAGGACGUGCACGGAAUUCUCCUGUUGCCCAGCACGCUGGAAUUUGUGCAGAGCCAGCAGUCCCAGCCCAAGAGCCCCAGAGCCCCAGAGCCCCAGAGCCCCAGAGCCCCAGAGCCCAGCGCGGUACACGAAAUUCCACACAACACCUUUAAACAAAGCCCAGUUACCAAGAUGGCCAGACUCUCUGUCUCUGUGUUUGUAGACUGAGGGCCCAGCCAGCUCAGAGCUCAGCCUGGCCUCUCCAUACUGUCGUUUCUGCUGAAUCAGUAGAGAUGUGACCUCUGCUAGUGGCAGGGCUCUGUCUCCGACUGCCUCUGGGGGCUGUACUAGAGCGGGUCGAGAGCUUCAAGUUCCUCGGUGUCCACAUCACUAAGGAUCUAUCAUGGUCCAAACACACCAACAAAGUCGUGAGGAGGGCACAACAACGCCCCUCAGAGGCUGAAAUGAUUUGGCAUGGGUCCUCAGAUCUUCAAAAAGUUAUACAGCUGCACUAUUGGGAGCAUCUUGAUUGGCUGCAUCACCGCUUGGUAUGGCAACUGUUUGGCAUCCGACCACAAGGCGCUACAGAGGGUAGUGCGUACGGCCCAGUACAUCACUGGGGCCGAACUCUUUGCCAUCCAGGACCUCUAUGCCCUUGGACUAGUAAAAAUUGUCUAAGACUCCAGCCACCCAAGUCAUGGACUGUUCUCUCUGCUACCGCACGGCAAGCGGUACCGAUUCACCAAGUCUGGAACCAACAGGACCCUGAACAGCUUCUACCCAAGCCAUAAGACUGCUAAAUAGUUAGUUAAUUAGUUAACCAAAUAGCAGUGGUGGAAAAAGUACUCAACUGUCAUGCUUGAGUAAAAGUAAAAAGUAAAAAUAAAUGCUAUAUAUGAAAUUCUUCAUAUUAAGCAAAGCAGACGUCACAAUUUUCUUGUUUUUAAAAUUUACAAACAGCCAAGGGCAGACUCCAACACUCAGACAUCAUUUACAAACGUAGCAUUUGUGUUUAGUGAGUUCGCCAGAUCAGAGGCAGUAGGGAUGACAACGCGUUAUAUUGAUAGGUGGGUGAAUUGGACCAUAUUGCUGUCCUGCCUGAGCAAUUGAAAUGUAACGAGUACUUUUGGGGGAAAUGGAUGGGAGUAAGAAGUACAUAUAUUCUUUAGGAAUUCUUUGGAGUAAAAGUUGUCAAAAAUAUAAAUAGUAAAGUACAGAUAUCCAAAAAAAGUACUUAAGUAGUACUUCAAAGUAUUUUUACUUAGUUACUUUACAUCACUGCCAAAUAGCUACCCGGACUAUCUGCAUUGACCCUGUUUGCACUAACUUAUUUUGACACAUCACACACGCUGCUGCUACUGUUUACUAUCUGUCACUUUAUUCCUAGUUAUAUGUACAGAUCUACCUCAAUUACCUCGUACCCCUGCACAUCGACUCGGUACUGGUACCCCUUGUAUAUAGCCAAGUUAUCGUUACUCAUUGUGUAUUUAUUAUUACGUGUUUUACUUUUCUAUUAUUUCUCUAUUUUCUUUCUCUUUGUAUUGUUGGGAAGGGCCCGUAAGUAAGCAUUUCACUGUUAGUCUACACUUGUUGUUUACAAAGCAUGCAACAAGUGUAGACUAACAGUUGGAGACACACACAGAGAAAGAGACAGAGAGGCUGGGGAUGUAAUGGAUGAACCCAUCUGGAUCAGCAUCAUUUCUCAACCUGCUGCUCAUCUAUGUUUUAUGAUAUCUAUAUCUGGAUCCAACUAGGUCACAUGCUCUGUGUCCAUUCCUAACUGAUCUAUGGGCCGUUUUCUCUCUGCAUGUAUUCUCCUUAGCUUUAGACCAUUCAGUGGGGGUUUAGUUUCAUUUCAGUCCCUGCAUAGAUCAUCUCUCAAACUCUUCAGGGUUUGUUUUUCCUCUGGUACUGUGUCUGCUCUGUACUGAGUUUAAAUCCCCUCCUAGCUGCUCUGUUUACAAAUCAACUAUGAUGAGCUCAUAGUUAAUAGAGAGUAGGUCCCUUCGUUCCUUAAUCAACUUGGCUGCAUUAAUAUCAUCUGGCCCUGCUCUGGGCCUCACAUGUCAGCCAAAGGCUUUUUUUUUUAUUUUAGUCAUUUAGAAGACGCUUUUAUCCAGAGCGACUUACAGUUAGUGAGUGCAUACAUUUUCAUACUGGCCCCCCGUGGGAAACGAACCCACAACCCUGGCGUUGCAAGCGCCAUGCUCUACCAACUGAGCUACAGGGGACCUUUGGUAGCAAUACAGUAGCCAUCGGAAUAGGUUGAAUCAGAUUGAAAGCAUCUGAAUUGGCUUUAAACCCAGUGCCCUAGACUCUAGCAUUGGUAUGGUGUGUUUGCUGUGCACCAUGGGGCUCUCACGUGUUCCAGGGUGCUGCUUUUAUCUGGCCUCUUCAAAGCCAGCUAAUAUAGCAGGGGGAAAACAGAACCAUAUGUCUAUUAUACCAGACCUGACCAUCUGGUUCCACGGCAGCACUCGACCAGAUCGCUCACAAGACUACUGGGUAUUGAGCUUUCAUUCAAAUAUGCGUUUAAUAUGCCCCAUUUGAGAUGUAAAAUGGUAUUCUUAUUUCGCCCUCCCUCAUUACACAUCUGAUAGACAUCUGUGUGCUCUAUCUAUCCCAAAGGAGGAAUAAGCACAGCUGUGAGAUGUGUCGCUGUGUCAAGUGUCCCCCCUUCACCUGUGACAAGCACUGCAGCGAUGGCUACCGGCAGAACAGGAAGGGCUGCUCCAUCUGCAUGUGCAAAGGUAUGCUUCUCAUCUGUCUAUCUGUUUCAAGUGUGUGUGUGUGUGUGUGUGUGUGUGUGUGUGUGUGUGUGUGUGUGUGUGUGUGUGUGUGUGUGUGUGUGUGUGUGUGUGUGUGUGUGUGUGUGUGUGUGUGUGUGUGUGUGUGUGUGUGUGUGUGUGUGUGUGUGUGUGUGUGUGUGUGUGUGUGUGUGUGUGUGUGUGUGUGUGUGUGUGUGUGUGUGUGUGUGUGUGUGUGUGUGUGUGUGUGUGUGUGUGUGUGUGUGUGUGUGUGUGUGUGUGUGUUCACUUUCUCCCACUAUGUAGGGCGGCAGGUAGCUUAGUGGUUAAGAGCAUUGUGCCAGUAACCGAAAGGUCGCUGGUUCUAAUCCCCGAGCCUCUAGGUGAAAAAUCUGUUGAUGUGCCCUUGAGCAAGGCACUUAACCCUAAUUGCUCCUGUAAGUCGCUCUGGAUAAGAGCGCCUGCUAAAUGACGUAAAUGUAGCAGAUAUGAUUUGCUGGGACAUUUAGCUGUGAAGCCUGUUAUGAAUGGAUGUUUUAUUUAGCUCCCGCUGAGGUCUGUCUGAUUACAUUCACCAACCACACAAGUUAAAGAAAGUUUGUGGACGGCUUAUUUAUAUAUUUUGUAUGUGUUUAUUACAUUUUUUCAGUAAUAUUAUAAAUAUUUUAGCUUGGAAUAUAUUAGGGGUUCCUUGCUCAGCAAGAUUCCGGUGCAGUGGCACCCCAUGAUGUUUACCUUAUUUUGAGACUGUUGGAUCAGUUACUCAGUGGACUGUUAAAAUAUGUACGGAUAGGAAACUUUUUUGUGAACUGUACCUUUUUCCCUGUGUAUAACAGUGUGUUGAGAGAGAAGAGACACAUAAACAUCUGCCCUGGAUGUGGAAACAUGAUGCGAUUCACUGAAAUACUAUGUUCUAUUCAAAAACACUGUUCUCCCCAGACUUAACAGCCACACUGGGUUUAUAUCUCACUUGGGGGCCAGUUAUUGGCAGAUGUAGGGUUUUAUAACCUCAACCUAUCUCUCAACAGAAACAGAGGACCUCAGUUUUGGGUCAGGUGCCAAAAACUUCAGGGAAAUGAUUAAACGUUAUUUAUUUGUGGUGUAGCAGUAAAUUGAUUAUUGGGAAAUAAAGAGCCUUUAAAAGGAAGAUCACAUAAUGGUGCUUGGUGAAGGUGGAGCUGAGAGGAACCAGGGAUGGUUAGCAGAACUUUCUCGUUAGCCUCUAAUGGACCCAAGACAAUAACAUUGGCUAGCUUUACUAUACAUUGUAAAUUGUUCUUCUUAAUGACAUUUCCACUUUGAAUUCACUCCAGCGUUUCUCAUGCCCUGAAACAUCCCUGUUGACGGUUUCUCACAGGUUCAAGUCACCAGUUUCCCUCCCUGCCUAACGUCUGUCUGUGUUCAUGUUUUUUUCCCAGAGAGUGGCCACCUGCCAAGCACCACUGCCCCCGCCCCCAUGCCCAGCUACUGCCUGACCUCCAACAGGCACCGCUAUGAGGAGGGCGAGAGCUGGCAUGACGGCUGCCGAGACUGCUACUGCCUUGCUGGGAGAGAGAUGUGUGUGCUCAUAUCCUGCUCUGUGCCCAGUUGUCCCAACCCCGUGGUCAGGCCUGACCAGUGCUGCCCCACUUGUGAAGGUACGUCUCGUCUGGAGUCGCUUGGUCUACCAACACACACACGUCUGGCAGUUCACAGUCCCAUAGGAGCUCACACCCUAGAGCCCCAGUCCACUUACUGUCCCAUCAGUCAGGCCUCAGGCUCCAUGAACACUCACACUUUGUGUUUCUGUAAAGAGCAACACACACUGAUACACAGUUACACACCCACGCCUUUUCCUCCACACCCCUCGGAGUCACUGGGGAUAUUUAUAGGGGAGUGACUCAGUGGACUGUUCAAAUAUUUAGGAGUGAAAUAAUGUCUACAACUUUCAGUAGAGUAAUGAUAACAGACUAACUCCUUAAAGAUGUCAACCCUAUUGCAGAGUCAAAUAUUUUAUCUGUACUGUUGUACUAGACUAGAGGAAACUAUGUCCAAACACAAAUUGUUGUGUAACUACCAAGCUUAGUUCUAGUAAGAUGUGAACCUUAUUCUUUGUAGUCUUUCAUGUGUUGUUGUGUUACUGUUAUCUGCCUCUCCUAACCUGUGUGUUCUGUCCAGAUGAGUCAGGGAGUGGUCAGCCAGAGGGCAUGGACCUGGUGGUGUGUCGAGCCCCUGGGGGGGAACUCUAUGUGGAGGGAGAGACCUGGAACCUGGACGAGUGUACACGCUGCACCUGCAGGAAGGGCCGCGUCCUGUGCGACACUGAAGUGUGUCCCCCUGCUGUGUGUCAGGCCCCAACCAGGAACACGGACACCUGUUGCCAUGUCUGCCCAGGUACAGUACCUUACAUCCCCCGCAUCUGUCAUAGGCUGCUUUACUAGGAAACAUCUAAUACCAAGCCAUUUUCUUCUCUGUAAAUGUAGAACUCCAUCAUCGUAUUAGCCUUGACAAGAGCAAUUUCAGAUAAUAUCAAAAGCACUUACAUCCAGGAAUAACUCCAGAAGGGAAUGUCAGUUUGUGGUCGGUAAGAGUAGGAUACAUUUGAUCUGGAGCCAUUAUCCGCAGUAUGUGGUGGUGGAUUGAGGGCCUUGCCUUGUCUUGGUGCAUGUUGCACUCUGGUGCAUGUUGCACUCACCACCACCACCUCCCCCCGCCCCUCACUCCUCCCCCACCACCACCCCCACCCCUCCUGACUAAUUCUGCUAUAUUUUGAGUGUUUUUUUUUAGUAUAAUGUUUCCGCCAUUGUUUCCUAUGACCGUAAAGAGCUUCUGAACAUCAGAACAGCGAUCACUAAUGUCGAUUUGGAUGAAGAUUUCUACUUCAACAAGUUGGCGGCGCUGGACAUACUGCUCGCCCCAGACCCUAAUCCCCGAGACUCAGAAGAGAAAGAGACCAUACUAUUUACCAAGAGAGUUUUCAUCAAUAUUUUUAGUAGCCGUCUAUUAACCACUAUCAACCGAUGCUGGCACUAAGACCGCACUCAACGAGCUGUAUAGGGCCAUAAUCACACAAGAAAAUACUCAUCCAGAGGCGGCACUCCUAGUGGCCGGUGAAUUUAAUGCAGGAAAACUGAAAUCGUUUCUACCAGCAUGUCACCUGUGAAACUAGAAGCGACAAAACUCUAGAUCACCUUUACUCCACAUAUAGAAAUGCAUACAAAGCUCUCCCUCCCUCUCCAUUUGGCAAAUCUGACCAUAACUAUACUGAACAAAAAUAUAAACGCAACAUGUGCUGGGGACAAUAAAAGGCCACUCUAAAAUGUGCAGUUUUGUCACACAACACAAUGCCACAGAUGUCUCAGGUUUUGAGGGAGCGUGCAAUUGGCAUGCUGACUGCAAGAAUGUCCAACAGAGUUGUUGCCAGAGAAUUUAAUGUUAAUUUCAAUACCUUAAGCCGCCUCCAACAUAAUGUUAGAGAAUUUGGCAGUACAUCCAACUGCCUUCACAACCACAGGCCACGUGUAACCACGCCAGCCAAGGACCUCCACAUCCGGCUUCUUCACCUGCAGGAUCAUCUGAGGAGGGGGAGGGGGUGCUGAGGAGUAUUUCUGUCCGUAAUAAAGCCCUUUUGUGGUGUAAAAAGUCAUUCUGAUUAACUGGGCCUGGUUUCCCAGUGGGUGGGCCUGGCCCCCAAGUGGGUGGGCCUAUGCCCUCCUAGGCCCACCCAUGGCUACGCCCCUGCCCAGUCAUGUGAAAUCCAUAGAUAAUAGAUAACUAUAGAUAACUAAUGAAUGUAUUUCAAUUGACUGAUUUCCUUCUAUGAACUGUAACGCAGUAAAAUCUUUGAAAUUGUUGCAUGUUGCAUUUAUAGUUUUGUUCAUGAUAUAUCCUCCUGAUUCCUGCUUACAAGCAACAACUCAAACAGGAAGUACCAGUGACGCACCCAAUACGGAAGUGGCUGUUAAGCUAGCACAGACUGGAAUAUGUUCCGGGAUACAUCCGAUGGCAUUGAGGAGUUUACCACAUCAAUCACCGGCUUCAUUAAUAAGUGCAUCGACGACGUCGUCCCAACAGUGACCAUAUGUACAUAUCCCAACCAGAAUAAAUUGAUUACAGGCAACAUCCGCACUGAGCUAAAGGCUAGAGCUGCCGAUUUCAAGGACCGGGACACUAAUCCGGACGCUUAUAAGAAAUCCUGCUAUGACCUCCGACGAGCCAUCAAACAGGAAAAGCAUCAAUACAGGACUAAGACCGAAUCCUACUACGCCGCCUCUGACACUUGUUGGAUGUGGCAGAGCUUGCAAACUAUCACAAAUUACAAAGGGAAACCUAGCCGCGAGCUACCCAAGCGAAAUGUCUUCUAUGCUCGCUUCGAGGCAAGCAACACUGAACCAUGCAUGAAAUCAGUAGCUGCACGCUCUCUGUAGCCGAUGUGAGUAAGACCUUUAAACAGGUUAACAUUCACAAGGCCGCAGGCCCAGAUGAACUACCAGGAUGCAUACUCAGAGCAUGCGCUGACCAGCUGGCAAGUGUCUUCACAGACAAUUUCAACCUCUCUCUGACCCAGUCUGUAAUACCUACUGUACAUGUUUCAAGCAGACCACCAUAGUCCCUGUGCCCAACGCCAAAGUAACCUGUCUAAAUGAUUAUCGCCCCAUAGCACUCACAUCUGUAGCCAUGAAAUGCUUUGAAAGGCUUGUCAUCAACACCAUCAUCCCAGACACCCUGGACCCAAUCCAAUUAGCAUACCGCCCCAACAGAUCCACAGAUGGCACAGUCUCUAUUGCACUCCACACUGCCCUCUCCCACAGGACAAGAGGAACGCCUAUGUGAGAAUACUGUUAAUUGACUAAAGCUCAGCGUUCAACACCAUAGUUCCCUCCAAGCUCAUCCCUAAGCUAAGGACCUUGGGACUGAACACCUCCCUCUGCAACUGGAUCCUGGACUUUCUGAUGGGCCUCCCCCAGGUGGUGAGGGUAGGCAACAACACAUCCGCCAUGCUGACCCUCAACACGGUGGGCCCACACGGGUGCGUGCUCAGUCACUUCUGUACUGCCUGUUCACCCACGACUGCGUGGAUGCGCACAACGAUGAUGAGACAGCCUAUAGGGAGGAGGUCAGAGACCUUGCAGUGUGGUGCCAGGACAACAAUCUCUCCCUCAACGUCAGCAAGACAAAAGAGCUGAUCAUGGACUACAGGAAACGGAGGGCCAAGCGGAUUGGAGCGGGUUGAGAUCUUCAAAUUCCUCGGUGUCCACAUCACUAAGGAUCUAUCAUGGUCCACACACACCAACACAGUCGUGGGUGGCAGGAGGCUGAAAAGAUUUGGCAUGGGCCCACAGAUCCUCAAAAAGUUCUACAGUUGCACCAUUGAGAGCAUCUUAACUGGCUGCAUCACCCCCUAGUAUGGCCACUGCUUGGCAUCUGACCUCAAGAUGCUACAGAGGGUAGUGUGUACGCCCCAGUACAUCACUGGGGCCACGCUACCUGCCAUCCAGGACCUCUAUACCAGGCGGUUUCAGAGGAAGGCACAAAACAUUUUCAAAGACUCCAGCCACCCAAGUCAAAAUCUGGAACCAACAGGACCCUGAACAGCUUCUACCCCCAAGCCAUAAGACUGCUAAAUAAUUAGUUAAAUAGUUAACCAAAUAGCUACCCAGACUAUCUGCAUUUACCCUUUUUGCACUAACUCAUCACAUAUGCUGCUGCUACUGUUUAUUAUCUAUCUUGUUGCUUUGUCACUUUAUUCCUAGUUAUAUGAACAUAUCUACCUCAAUGAACUCGUACCCCUGCACAUCGACUCGGUACUGGUACCACGUGUAUAUAGCCAAGUUAUCGUUACUCAUUGUGUAUUUAUUAUUACUUUGAUUAUUACGUGUUUUACUUUUCUAUUAUUUCUCUAUUUUCUUUCUCUGCAUUGUUGGGAAGGGCCCGUAAGUAAGCAUUUCACUGUUAGUCUACACCUGUUGUUUACAAAGCAUGUGAUUAAUAAAAUGUUAUUUGAUUUACAGUAGUGUUGAGAUGUGUACAGUCUAACUAAUGCUUUGGUCACAGAAAGGCCAUUGAUCUAUGGGCCUGGGGCUAUGAGACACAAAGAUAAGCCUGAGAUUUAACUGACACACAGGACAGCACAGCAGCCAUGUGUUCCCUAUUCACCAGCUAGCCUCCUGCUAGUGUUUACUAUACAGUAAAACCAUCUUAUUGCAAACACAGGCGUACAGUCCUAAUAACCGCUCUGGAUUAACAUGUUAUACUGCCGGGGUUAGCCUGGGAGCCAGGGGAGGAUCUGUGAUAAAGUUAACCCUUGGUGUGCCUCUCUCUCCAUCCCUCCGUCCACAGAGGACAAGCAGGGUCCCCUGCUCCCGGUGAGCACCAGUGAGCAGGAGUACUGUAUUUCCAGCGAGGGAGAUGUGCUGUUGGCUGGGGACACCUGGAAGGCCAACGCCUGCACCAGCUGCUCCUGCAACAAUGGAACCAUUCAGUGUUUCUCCCAGCGCUGCCCGCCUGCCAACUGCAGGGUGCCCGUCCUGCGCAAAGGCCAGUGCUGCCCUCACUGUCUGGGUAAGUGAGUUUGUGUGUGUGUGAGAGUGAGUCUAUCCGUGUAACUGAACUCCUGGGAAUGUCUAGCUGGGUCAGAGCACACUGCCUUGUUAGCCUCUCUAAUGAUGUCCACUAUAAUUCUGGUGUGUAGUAUAUUUGUGUUUUGUGAAAACACUGGGACUUGGGGCAAAAUCACAUAUUAAACAUGCAUUAAAACAAGUUAUUCCUUUGGGACAAGGUACAGCUUGUUAUUGAGAACCUUAUUAUUCAUGGUGUAACUUGUAGGAAGGGAGGAACAGUUUUCAAACUUUUUGGGUUAGCUAGAAUAAAGCAAGCGUGUGUGAGUCGCGUUCUGAGUGCCAGUUUUGCUGGCGCUGCAUGGGCAAACACGGUUACUCACAGCAACAUUCCAUGUGACACAACCCACUCAGAGCGAAAACAUUCCCCAAGCAUCCGCACAUUCACACGUGUUUCCUGUCUCCGGCUGAGCCGGCCUGCCACUCUCAAUGCCGGCAUAGGAAGGCAAAGCUCCAUGUCAGCUUUUCCUAUAGAGGAAAACCUUGGCACAGGCCUGCAUUGUUCCCUGUGAUUUGUAGCCAUUUCAUCUCAGCUUUGUUUUGGGUAUUUGCUCGGUGGAAAACAGCACUUUUACAUAAGACUCUUGACAAAGGAAGCUUAGGGAACACAUCCCGUAAAACACACCUUAUCUACAGACACUCCACCCAACCAUAACCUUCUGUUACAUUGAUCUAUGUGGGAUUUGUUUUUAGUUCAAGUGUGUUUGACAUUACGUAAGUGGGUAGCUGUGUGACUUAUUUGUGAUUUUCCUCUUUGGUUUACAGAAAUGACAACAACUUCCGUUCCAAUGAUGGUGUCGACCAAGGCCCCCAAGACCAGGGCUACUACCACAGUGGACAACACAGUCUGGAUCACCACUGUCACUUUGCCUCCUAUCAUUGCUGCUACAGGUACUUUCUGUCUGUAUGUCCGUCCAUCUGUCUGUCUGUCCAUCUCUCUUUCCUUCUAUCUCACCCUCUCUCUCUUUCACUAUUUCUCUCUUUCACUCACUCACUCCUCCUAUGGCCCACAGAGAUGGUUAAAUGAUAUUGAACUGAUUGGUAACAACUGCUUCAGCCCUGUGACUUGGUAUCAUCGUCCAUACUUUCCCAGCCAGCCGGUUGAGGAUGUUUACAUUGUUGUGGGACAAUAGGGAUGAUUUGACGAAUUAGCUAAAUGCACACUGACACACAUUCAUCUGGAGACUGUAUCUAACGUAUUGGCCAGGGAAAAUGGCCAAACACUAAGGAAGGACAUGACCUACUUUUCAUUUAAAUUGAUUAGAAGGGGAAUAAUGUAAUGGAAAUAUUGGCCCGAGUGACAGCAGUAUAUGUAGUCUAGUCUGUGGGGGAGAGCUGAUAUUGAUUCUCCCUGCAGAUGGGAACAGCCUGCGAGAGAACUUCCCCAGUCAAACUGAGAUGGCUCUCAUCUACCAAUCAGCUGUCUGGAUACUGGCCGGUCUCCUCCUGGCCAUCGUCAUCUUCCUCAUCGUGGCACUCCUCAUUAACAAGAAGAAGAAGUGGGUGCAGAUGUCCUGCUACAGCGCCCCCAAGAAGGUGAGGCAUUGUGGGUAAAGCAGCUCAUUAGGCCACGUACUGUAUGCACAGCGUGCAGAAAAAUACUAUUCACAAAUUAAUUGCAACCCAGCACAGACAUGCCUCAUGAUUCUGCCCGAUAGAACCAAUGAAAUUACUUCAUUUAUUUGCUGUGUGUGUAUGGGGUUGCUGCCCAAACUUAGACCCCUGUGGUGCUAAAUCAUAGCACCAUAGCAGGGCGGGUGGGCCGUUGUUUUAGGAUCUAAUCUGUGGGUGGGUCGUGGGUUUUCCUUGAUCUUCCAGCUCCUGCUACAACCCAUGUUCAGGGUGUCAUAAAGUAGAGAUUAAUGUAUUUUUCCAGCACUUAAUUCUGAAGGAGCACUUUGAACUGUGUCAAGUUUAUCAUAAAAUGUGAUCGUUUUACAACACCCCCAUGAAAUGAGACUGGAGUGGCACAGAAAAUUGUAAUUCGUCACAUACUUUCCGAAAAAGUCUCUCCCGUCCUAACUAGACACGAUAAAUAGCUGACAAGACCUGUUGUGUGAAAGUAAGAUAAUUGAUAUUUAAAACCCUGGGAAUUUUUCCUUUCCUCCUUUCCUAGACUGUGAUCCUGAAGAAGCAUGUGAAUAAGAACUCGGUGGUGUACAUGGAACCUUCAAAGGAGAACAAGUUCCAGAGCGUGAAGAAUGACUGUGGCAUCAACUUCUCCCCAGAGAUGAGCUCACCAUGUGGGGAGAGGAUGAGCAUCCCCCGGGCCAAGCUG